CGUCUAUACACAGUAUGAUCUGUGUAUAUACAGCUUUUAUCGGGCGCGAAACUUGCAUAGGCUGAGAACCCUAUUGCGCAACCCUGGCACGCGGGCGUUAGCAUGGCUUGCCUUACGCAGUGUCGCAUACUAAGCCACUCCCUAGCUAGCUCUCGAGGAAGCACAGUUCCAUCGUACUCGUAUCGCCCCAGUGCCGGGAGAUGUAAUGCUGUUCCUCGCAGCGAAGCAAUAUUCUUGCUACACCGCGACCGACGGCAGUGGCAUGGACGGCGACGUCUCAUAACGAGGUCGACAGAGGACCUAGCAGCGCUGACAGCGUUGGCUCGCUCCGAAGCUUUGGAGCGAGAGCGGGCGUUGCUUGCGGACAUGCCCAUCGACGACCUUCGGGCCCGGCUCAUAAAGCAUGGCUUCUCCGAAUCCUCGCUGCCCGCCUCCCGGGAGCCCCUCCUGGAGCAGCUGGCGGAGACCAACCUGAAAGCCCGGGCACAGGUUGUGUCGUACCCGCUCCGCAAGACCCCCCGCAGCCCCCGCGCCGCCAAGAGCUUUCUGGUGGCACCCAUCGACGUCGAGGAUGUGGGUUUCGUCAACUUCCUGCUGGACAGCGGCAGCAGCGGAGCGCUGAUCACCGGGGAGAUGAGGGAGCGGCUGGGGCUGAGUCCCUCCGACGGGCAGGUGGUCAAGGGUGUUGACAGCGGCGGACUGACGCUGCGGCAGCGCGUGCGGCUGCCCCCGCUGCGACUGGGGCCCCGCCUGCUGGACCUGCGCGAGGCGUACGUCACACAACUCAAGUCGGAGCACGACGUGGAAGUGGGCGGUGUGCUGGGUCUGAGCUUCCUGCGCCAGUAUGAGGUGGAGAUCAGUCCGCAGCUGCAGCGGCUGGCCUUCCAUCCGCCGGGGCACAUCGACAAGGGGCUGCUGGACGUGCGGGGCAUGACAUGCCUGCGCUGCGAGGUGCUGAAGGGCGGUCUGCUGGGGGUGCCCGUGUCCCUUAACGGCUCCCCCCGCUUCCCGGCCAUCUUGGACCUGGGAGCCAACUUCUCCAUCCUGAACUGGCAAGCCGCGGAGCUGGCGGGGGUGCGGCGGGAGGGGAGCGGCAGCAGCAGUGCUGGUGCGGGCGGCGGAGGAAAGGGAGGGGGAGCAGCAGCGGGAGCGGCAGAGGUAGGCGGAGGCUUGACAGGUUUCAAGCAAACUGCCAUGUGACGUUUGUGUCCGUGUCCGUGUUUCCCGCAUAACGACCUGCGACCAGCGACUCCCGCAUGCAUGACUUUCCUGUUACCGGUGACGUUAACCGUUUGACGUUGACCGUUUGCCGUCACCGGUUUGACUAAAGGCACAAAUGCUUUCAUUUGUACUUUGACGGCCCCCAUCCCUGCAACCCGCACCCUCACCCGCACACUUCAUCCCUCCUCCGGCCAGAUCGACCCGCGGGGCUAUCUAAACGUGGUGCUCGGAGACGAUGGUGGGUGUACGGCAAACUGUACUGACAGAUCCGGAUCUUUUUUCAUUACAAUUACUAAAUACCACGCUGGCUGUCAUGCCCUUCUCUUGCAUGUGCAUGGCACCCUCCUCCCGCACCCUCCUUACGCUUCUGUAACCCCUCCCGCGCAUCCCCAAUAUCCCCCCUCAUUCGACGCAUGCCGAAUGCCCCCCUCUUUCCCGCCCUCCAGACUCCCGCUACGUGCCCAGUCGCGGUCUGGCGCUGAUGGUUCGCGAGCUGCCCUCCUUCUCGGCGCUGGGGCUGGACGGGGGCCCGGUGAUGGUGCUGGGUUACGACCUGUUG